GAAAACGUCGAAUUUUUCAUGUGUGAGUUUAUGUACACGUUAUAUAUCACGUAAAUCAAUAAAGGACAAUCAAUAAGACUGUAAGAUCGAUUGGUGCGUAAACAAUCGAGAUUUAGGUUGAUUGAUUAGGCAUUACAUGAGAUGCGUGGCAGAAUAUAACAAAAAAUAGAAUGGAAAAAUCGUUAGUAAACCCGAAUUCGGAUGAACAAGGAGAGCAGGAGAUAGAUCCACUCGGGGUCUACGAGGGCGGAAGAAAUGAGAGUGGCGAGAGGCACGGGGAUGGAAAGACUUUGCUACCGAACGGCGACAUGUACGUCGGUCAAUAUCUUAACGGGCUCAGGCACGGCAAAGGUAUCUACGUAUUUAAAAAUGGUGCCCGAUAUAACGGCGAUUGGAGACACGGACAGAAAUACGGCCAAGGGAUUUUCUGGUACCCUGACGGAACGCGAUACGAAGAAAUCUUAGAGAAGCUAAGAGUGUGCCAGAAAUUUGAGGGAGGGGAAUGGAAACGCGACGCGAAACACGGCUUCGGUGCUUAUUAUUACGUGAACAAUGACAUUUACGAAGGCUCGUGGAUGGAAGAUCUUCGCCACGGUAUGGGAACAUAUCUGUAUGCCGAUACAGGAUCGAAAUUUAUGGGCACGUGGAUGAAAGAUUGCAUGCAUGGACCCGGACAACUCAUUCACGCGCGCUAUCGCUUCCAUGGUUUCUGGAAGCUAAACUUGCCGUAUGGACGUGGUUGCUUCACCUUUGAGAACGUAUGCAUGCAGCACGGUCAUUAUAUACACGUGAGAGAUCCCACGUUUGAUGGUCCAACUUCGAUGGACGCGGAUAAAAUCGUUGUAGAAGAGACUGGCAAUGACGACAAAAUGUCAAUAUUAAAGGAAGAACCAUUGUCGACGAUGGGCUUUCGGCCAAUCUGGCGCGCGCGUUGUAUCACGCCUUACAACCCGGAGUUAUUGCCGCCAGAAGCAGUACUCCUGCGAGAGGAAGUGUCAACGGAAUCCUCAAUCGUUAAAGGCGAGGAUGAGGUUUGGCCGAAGCUCGAAGGGCACUCCGAUUAUCUAGAAGACUAUCGCGAGGAGCAUCAUCAGGGAGAGGCGAUGAUCGACGAUCCUUGAUUGCGACGGGAAGUAUCAAGCUCUAAGCUAAUCGAUCAAUCGAUUUGCGAGAGCGUGUCACACAUCCCCCGUCUUGCAUUGUUACGUAUAAAUAUAUUAAUUUGCUACAAUAGAGGUGAUACAAAAAAAAAACGAAACAAAACGAGCGUGCUUUUAAGCGCUUUAUUUAGGAAAUUAUAACAACGAAUGUGUGUAUACGUAUUCGCCAUGCAAAACGUAGGAAUGCUAUUACAUCGUCGGAAAUUAGUCUCGUUUACGCUGUAAUAAUAUAAUAAAUGCAAGACACGCGUGUUCGCGCGCAUGGUUGACAGUCCUAUAUA